AUGGCUGUCGCGCUCUGGUACUGCCCGCCCGCCAACUCGCCCUGUUAUGACACCGUCAACUCCCUCAUCCUCUCGCUGCAGACCCUCUUCCCCGAUGCCGUGCUCUUCGAGCCACACGUGACCAUCACGUCCCAGCUGCGCUGCGACUCCGCUGACGACGCCGCCGCCGUGCUCGCCGCCGCCUGCGCCGCCCUGCGCGCCUGCCGCCCCCAGCUCGACGCCCGCGGCUCCCCCGUCGUCCGCUUCGACGCCGUCGCCGUCGGCCGCCGCUACUUCGACAAGGUCCACCUCGCCUGCGCCCACGACCGCUUCCUCUACGGCGUCGCCCAGGUCAUCCGCGAGCUGUUCGUCCAGGACCCGCCCGACCCCGCCGCCGCCGCGGACUGGGUCCACUCCUCCUUCCGCCCCCACCUCUCCCUCGUCUACAGCGACCUCUACCACGUCGACCAGGCCCUGCUCCGCGUCCUGCGCCAGCGCAUCGGCGACGCCCUGGGCGCCGCGCUGCUGCCGCACCCGCCUGCCCCGGGGCUGCAGGCCCUCUGGGCCCUGCAGCCGCCGUUGGACGGUUGGAGCAUCCCCGGCUCCUUCAAGGUCGUCCGAUGCGAGGGCCCCGUCCGCGACUGGCACGUGCUCGCCGCCGCCGAUCUCUGA